GUUAUUCUCCCGUCAUUCCCCUGUGAACUUGCUCUGUAGAUGUUUUAUCCAUUUGCCCUUUGAGGCUCAACGGAGCAGGAUGGCAGCCAUCGCCAUGACUCAGGCCUCGCGCCCGAACUUGAUUUCCUCGGUGGACCAACUCUUCGAGCUGGUCGAAGGCCUCGACGAAGCCCAGAUACAAUCCUUGCUGCAAGAUUUCAACAACACGGUAGUAAGCAACGUCCCGGUUUCCCACGGCGUCGAUCUAUUCGAACAUCCGAAGCCGAGAUCAACUCCCGUCCGCGUUCUUUCCAUUCGACGAUUCACACUCAAGACUCCACGAAUAUUCAAUCGAUCAAACAAAGGGCAGACUCCGGCUCCAGCCCUACUAUCGCGUCCGAGGACGGCAUUGCCUACCUCUGCGAGGCACUACAGGAGAAUAAGCCGGCCUGUACUGCCGACGCUUCCCAGCGGUCCCGACUUGGACGCUCUGCUAUCAGCCUACCUCGCGCGCCUCCCGCCCAAAUCUCCAUCCAACACUUCGUCCCCGUCCUCUACGAGAUCAAUAUCCGCCAGCUCUUCGCUGAGCGUCGAAGCAGACGAUACCCACAUGGAUUCGCUCGCACCCUUGGUUUUUGGCAGACCCCAAAGACAAAACAGCAACAUGGGUGACAUAUUUGAGGUGCUGGAAUAUUGAUUAGGAGAGUGAACGUGACGCAAAGGUUGCUUCACCCUGCUGUUAUUACUAUAGCAAUGAUGCUGUUCGCCUCUACGCUGCAGGCGGUGUUUAUUGGAAGCAGCUCAUGAAGCAGCCAGGCAUGUAAUGCAUGCUGCAAUAUAGAUGUAGGGAUGGCUCAGUAAUCAGCAAUAAUCUGACACAUAAGAUGGAGAGAAUGUCAUUUUCAUAUUAAUUUCUAACAGAAGGAAGGCGUGAGGGUUUGAAGUUGAUGGUAGUGAUUCUGCAGCAGUUGCUCCACGGGUGGCAACACAUAAAUGUAUCCUUCACACAACCGGUCAUAAUCUCGCCACCGACACCACCAUUGCUACAAUACUGAAAAUUGGUUUCAAAUAAUGACAUG